CGUAUUAUCGAGGUUAUUGAUAAAUUCGAUGUGAUUACAAUGUUUACCAAUCGUUACCUAAUCAAAUGCAACUAAUAUGAUGAAAAAGAUCGCAUGUGUUAACACACACAUUCGUGAAAUAUAAUUUUAAUAUGCUAGAAUUAUGAAUAUAUUUGAGUGUAUUCGAAAAGAAAAGCGAAAAUGGCAAAGAUACAAUGGGCUUUAGCGAAGGCGCCAAAUGUUCUUAAGAUUAGUUUGAAGCAGAAAUGGUGGCAGUUACAAAUAGUCUUCAAAUCUUUAUUCUACAAUGAUUUUUUAAACUGGAGUUACGCUUGUGAUAUACUUAUGGAACCUAUGUUUUGGUUUGUUGAAAAUUUCACUGCCUGUUUGGGUCCGGUAUUUGUGAUAAUGGUAAGCCUGCUAACCGCCAGUAUUGUAUACAUUGCAUAUUACUUGGGUUUACCCUGGUGGUGGGAUCGAAGUCCUUCAGUGACAAUAAUUCUACUAUUAGUUGGAAACUGGCUGCUGGUUAAUGUUUGCUUUCACUAUUACAUGGGUGUGACUGUACCAGCAGGUUAUCCACCACAGGGUGGCCUUAUUCCGGAAGCUGUGAGUAUCUGCAAAAAGUGUAUCAAGCCAAAGCCACCCAGAACACAUCACUGUUCUGUCUGCAAUAAAUGCAUUCUCAAGAUGGAUCAUCAUUGUCCAUGGUUAAACAAUUGUGUCGGCCACUAUAAUCAUCGGUAUUUCUUUUUGUACAUGGUUUACACUGUGGUCGGUAUUACGUUUAUUAUGAUAUUUGGAGUGCGACUCGCAUACGAGGAGUUUUUUCCUGAACAGGAACCGGAAUUGGACGGUCAUCCGGUGCGCCUUAAUAAUUCGGAAAUAAUUCCUGUGAUGGAAUCGCUAGAUCAUUUAAGCAAGGAAGAGCUAGCAGAAAUAGCGAGGCAAGCAGCAGAAACCGAGAUCAAGGAAUGGCAACGAAGACUGAUAAUUUUCGCGGGUCUAAUUUGUAUCGCCACGUUCACAGCGUUGGGUGCUUUGGCCUGGUGGCACGCUAGUCUAAUCACCCGGGGAGAGACGAGCAUCGAAGCGCGUAUCAAUAGCACGGAAUCGCAAAAAUAUCGGGCCCAGGGCAAGUUCUAUCAAAAUCCUUAUGAUUUCGGGCCAAGGGAAAAUUGGAGAUUGUUCCUGGGAAUAAAAAACAGAAGCUGGUGGCAUGUUCUAUUCCCAUCAAGUCAUAAGCCAUAUGGUGAUGGACUCACAUGGCGAACCAUUCAUGAUAGCAAGAUCUCUUAAUUUCUAAGAUUUAGAAAGUCAAUGAAACUGAUCAUCAAUUCUGCAUUUUAUAAUUCAUAUCUUCUCGUGACUUUUCUUAUAUACAUUCUAAUAUUCUAGUCAUAACUGCAAAC